AUGGCCCUUGCAACAGCGCUUGUCGCGGUACAUGAGAGUAUUCUCCGACAUCCAGUGCAGGCUCUCGGGAUAUCUGUCGUCGUCUUGCCUCUGUUCUAUAUCGUUUUCAACGAGUUUACUCGCGCAUCGGCCCGCAUCCAGGGCCUCAAAGGUCCAGCUGGUCUGCCAUUGAUUGGGAACUUGGCCCAAAUCAGAGUGAACGCGGCGGAGCAGUACCGAGAAUGGUCGAAGAAGUUUGGUGCCGUUUAUCAAAUACAGCUCGGCAAUAUCCCCGUGGUGGUAGUGAACUCGGCGGCGGCGGCAAAAGUGCUUUUUGGUCAGAAUGCACAGGCGUUGAGUUCAAGACCGGAGUUUUAUACGUUCCAUAAAAUCGUCUCCAACACGGCCGGCACAACAAUCGGUACCUCCCCAUACAGCGAGUCCCUGAAACGACGACGCAAGGGUGCUGCAUCUGCUUUGAAUCGGCCUUCAGUCGAGACAUACAUUCCCCAUCUCGACCUCGAAUCAAAAGCUUUCGUCGAGGAACUCUACCGCUACGGUAAAAGCGGCCAGAUCCCCGUCGAUCCUAUGCCCAUGAUUCAAAGACUAAGCCUGAGUCUUGCACUGACUCUCAACUGGGGCACUCGCAUUGCCUCGCAAGAGGAAGAACUGUUCGACGAGAUCACUGAAGUCGAGGAGGAGAUCAGCCGGUUUCGAAGCACGACGGGGAAUUUGCAAGAUUAUAUCCCGCUUCUCCGUCUCAAUCCGUUCAGUAGUAACACAAAGAAAGCUGCGGAGAUGCGAGCGCGCCGCGACAAGUAUCUAGGAUUUCUGAACCGGGACCUGGAAGAUCGAAUGGAGAAGGGGACGCAUAAGCCCUGUAUCCAGGCGAAUGUGAUUCUGGACAAGGAGGCGAAACUCAAUUCGGAAGAAUUGAUCUCGAUCAGUUUGACCAUGUUGUCGGGUGGAUUGGAUACAGUGACGACGCUGGUCGCGUGGAGUAUCGGAUUGCUUUCAUCAAGGCCGGAUAUUCAGGAUAAGGCCGCGAGGGCGAUUCAAAAGCUCCACGGUAACAAUCACCUGUUAUGCCCGGCGGAGGAUGAUCAGAAAUGCGCAUAUGUCGUGGCGUUGGUACGGGAAUGUCUUCGCUACUACACCGUCCUUCGUCUGGCUCUGCCUCGAACUUCUAUCAAGGACAUCACUUACAAGGGCACGCUUAUCCCCAAGGGAACGGUUUUCUUCCUGAAUGCCUGGGCAUGCAAUAUGGAUCCGGACGUAUGGACAGAUCCCGAAGUCUUCCGCCCCGAGCGGUGGCUUGAGCAGCCUGAUGCGCCCUUGUUCACGUACGGACUUGGAUACCGCAUGUGCGCCGGUUCUCUGCUCGCCAAUCGGGAACUAUACCUCGUCUUUAUGCGGACAUUGGGCAGCUUUCGUAUAGAGCCGCAUGAUGAUAUGGACUGGGACCCUGUUCGAGGCAAUUCUGAUCCUACGAGCUUGGUGGCCAUUCCUCAGAAGUACAAGGCGCGUUUUGUUCCAAAAGAUCCUGCGGCUCUGAAACAGGCGCUCGGACUGUGA